AAGAAGAAAAAACAGGGUGAGUAAGUAACGAGGUGGAAUGAGUGUGGUAAGAAGAGAUAACUCACAUAUGGCCAUAUUCGCACUGCUAGAUUCCUCUGCGCUGCCCUCCUUUGUGUUCAAAUUUAAACCUCCCAUCUUAGUACUCAUUUCUUCCAACCUUACCUCUAAAGUUUCAAACCAGUAUAAAUAAGUUUUUUUCAACCUGUUGUCAUUUUCCCUACAUUAUCGAAUCCUAGUAAACAGCAGUAUUGGUAUGGCGAUGAUGAUGCCGAAGCUGCUGUUGUUGAUUUUUCUACUUGCAAGUGCAAGUUCAACGCUUAAUGCAGAUGGGUCUAAUGAGUUGGUGAUGACUGAAGAAGCCUACCGAAGUUGGGUAAAACGAGUGGGCUCUUUUAAGCACUCUGUCUUCCAGAAAGCAAAGAAUAAGUUGAAGCCUUGCCUAACCAUAAAAGUGGAUAAAGACCAGAGCUUGGGUCAUUUUGCCUCCGUGCAAAAGGCUGUUGAUUCGCUUCCAGUCAACAAUCCAUGUCGGGUGGUUAUCUCAAUUGGUGCAGGGAUUUACAGGGAGAAGGUGGUGAUUCCUGCAAUCAAGGCUUAUGUCAGCCUGGAAGGUGCCGGUGCAGACAAGACCAUUAUUGAAUGGAACGACACAGCAGACCUUGUAGGCCAGACUGGACGGCCGCUGGGCACCUUCGGUUCUGCAACAUUUGCCGUUAAUUCUCCUUACUUCAUUGCAAAGAACAUCACUUUCCAAAAUAAAGCACCGCCACCACCAUCAGGAGCUCUAGGAAAGCAAGCGGUGGCACUAAGAAUCUCAGCAGAUACAGCAGCCUUUAUAGGCUGCAAGUUCAUUGGAGCUCAAGAUACACUAUACGAUCACAUGGGCAGGCACUACUUCAGGGACUGCUACAUCCAAGGCUCUGUGGAUUUCAUUUUCGGGAACGGCCUCUCCCUGUAUGAGGGUUGCCAUUUGCACGCUAUCACCAACAGCGUGGGAGCCUUGACAGCUCAGAAGAGGGAUGGCUUACUUGAGGAAACUGGCUUCUCCUUUGUUCAUUGCAAAGUGACUGGUUCAGGUGCCCUAUACUUGGGCAGGGCUUGGGGUACUUUCUCUAGGGUGGUUUUCGCUUUCACUUUUAUGGACAAGAUCAUCAACCCUAGCGGAUGGUAUGCCUGGGGCAACAAAAGCAGGGAAAUGACUGUAUUUUACGGACAAUACCAGUGUUCCGGGCCAGGGGCUGAUUUUGGAAGAAGAGUUUCAUGGUCAAGGGAGCUGACUCAACAGGAGGCCAAACCAUUUAUUUCAAUUGGCUUUGUUGAUGGCUAUGAAUGGCUUACAAACUUGUGA